AGCAAAUCCUACAUACUUCCACGUACUUUGUGCUUGGAGUACUUGCCUUAUACCCAACAGUUUCGCCUUACGUAGUCUGGCAACAAGCGACCAUUGCUACGGGGCGGCUGUGGGGUGUUAUUAACGCGACACCGAUAGGGCGCUUAUUGAGUCCACGCGAGUUUAGAUUUUUUCAGAAGGAUUCAGGAGCUUUAUUGUCGGAGUUACGCAGUGUUUCGUCCAGGAGCACCGUUGCCUCACUUGCCGACGCUGAAUAGCUCUCGUGCCAGCACCAUAUAAUACUUUCCUAUACACUAAAUUAGACCAAAGCAACGAAAAUGUCUGGGCAAGGUGUUUCUAACGCUGUUGUCGAGGGCUGUUCCGGGGCCCUCGGCAGCGUAAUCGCUAUGCUUGCGACCUACCCGCUGAAGACUAUCUAUACGCUUCAGGCUCUGUCGACCGGCGAGAGCAGCGCCCCGGAGGCAGCGGAUUCGGGCAACAAGCUGCUGUCUGUGUUGCGGUUCAUGCAGCAGUAUAAGCUCUCCACCCUGUACGCCGGUCUGCCGCCCAAUAUUGUGGAGGCAGCCCUCUCCAGCGGUGUCUACUUCUUCUUCUACAGCAAGCUGCGCGAGAUGGCGGUGGCCUGGACCCGCAGCUCCAAAGCCGACGGCUCCGGCGCUGAGAGCCGCAGCAAGGACAUUGGCAUGCUGGCCUCGCUGCUGGUGCCGCUGGUGGCUGGCGCGCUGAACCAGCUCACCACCAUGCCGGCAUCCGUGGUGGCCACCCGCAUGCAGGGCUACUCCAGCCUGCCAGGCGCCAGCAAGGGCCAGCGCCCCCCCGGCACCCUGGAGACCAUUGCCGCCGUGUUCCGCGAGAGCGGCCUGGGCGGCUUCUGGAAGGGCCUGCUGCCCUCCAUGAUCCUGCUCGCCAACCCCUCGGUGCAGUACAUGCUGUACGAGAAGAUCAUCACCAUGAUGCGCUUCUGGAAGGAGCAGCGCGUCGCUGCAGCCGCCGCCGCGGCAGCGGCUGCGGCGCCAGCCGGCGGCGAGGACAGCAAGAAGCCUGCACCCAAGGUCACCCUGUCCGCCUUUGAGGUGUUUGCGGCUGGCGCCCUGGCCAAGAUCGGCGCCACCAUUGUGACGUACCCGCUGAUCGUGAUCAAGGCGCGCAUGCAGGCGUCCAGCAAGGCUGCGCCCGGCAGCAGCUCCACCUGGGGUACCAUUGUGGACACGGCGCGGUAUGAGGGCGUGGGCGGGUUCUACAAGGGCCUGCGCGCCAAGAUCCUGCAGACAGCGCUGAACGCGGCGCUGAUGCUGAUGCUCAAGGAGCAGCUGCAUGGGGCCACCAAGACGGCGCUGACGUGCGCGUUUAGCACGCCGGUGGUUGCCGUGAAGGCGCCGUCGGCGGCGGGUUAAGCACGGAGCUGCGGUUAGGAGGAUGGGAGGUCUCGUGAGCGUGGGUUGUCUCUCUCGUGGGCGUGGGCGCGGAGGAAGGCACUGUUGGCGGCGGCUGAAGCAUGUGUACAUGUGCAGACGGCUGGAUGCGCCCCCUCCCCGCGCGCACCCUCACUUCCGCAUUGGUUGCUCGCAGCUGAGAGAGGAGAGGGGAGGACGGAAAAGGGAGGGAGAAGGGGCUUAUUUGGAGCACAUACAAGGGCGUGCGAUGAGUGGCAGCAGGGACAUGUGAGGCCUGUAGAUAUGGGGAGCAUGCGGGCAUGGGUUACAUCUUGGGGUGAAACUGUGAGAGGUGUAUCCUAGGUGUUUCGCUGCAAGCUGGCGUGUACCGGCGUUGGGUAGUUGGGCAGAGGUGUGUUUACCGUGUCAUUAUUUGGCGUUGCUCUUCCUUGGAAGAUGUGCGAGGAAGUGGAGAUACAAAUUUUGGGUUAUGGCUGUGUUACCUGGUAAUUAGGUGAUACAAGUUUUGGGUUACGCUUGUGGUAUCGGUAAGCUGGUGCGGUUGACUGGGUAGGAGGUGUUGUCAGUGGUUUGGGCUUUGCAGCUCCGAUGAAGAUGGGGUUGAGUCGGCGGGGUAAGUUUUCAGUGUUGGCUGGCUGGCGUAACGAAGAUGGAUGAAGAGUGGCGCUUUGUGGGGAGUUUCGUAAAACGGACGAUGCUACAGCGGAGAUGACAAUGCUACAGUGAUACGGUAUGAGCUGCAGCGUUUUGGGGGCGGUUGGUUGGUUGUUAGGGACGUUUCGUACUCUGGUGCCGGAUCCGAUGCUGCCGUAAGGGCUGCUACUGCCUUGGAUUUUGCUUCCGUCGUGUUCGUUGCUCCCGCCGGGUUCCUGGAAAGGUGGUCCCUCUUGUUGGUUGGUUACCGAUAUGCCGGAUUUGGCAAAACCGUUACUGUUUGGAAACACGUGAGACGCCGCUUAUGACUCCUAAUUGCGUUGGCGCUGUAACCGUGUUGGCUACCGGCAUGCGCGCGUUUGCUGUAAAUCGUUGCACCCCUCAGGGAUACCGGUAUGCAUCAGGCUGGACGACACGAGAAGGCAUUCUGCAGUGCUGCCCUAGCUUCCCUGCC